CCCAAGUUGGCCCAGGCCUGCUUAGCAGCUCCUCCUCCUCCUCCUGCCGGGCCUUCGGGAGGCGCUGGGCUUGGAGGAGGAGAAGGAAGGCGGGGAGGAAGCGUCGCGGCGGAGGAGCGGGCCUUGCGUCUCCCAGGGAGGCCCGGCAUGAACAAGGCGGAGAUGGCGGACGAGGCCCUCUUCCUGCUGCUCCACAACGAGAUGGUGGCGGGCCUCUACCGCGCCGCCGAGCAGGGAGACGGGGAAAAUGGGAAAUGCAUCACUAAACUGGAAAACAUGGGAUUUAGAGUCGGACAAGGUUUAAUAGAAAGGUUUACCAAAGAUACUGCCAGAUUCAAGGAUGAAUUAGAUAUAAUGAAGUUUAUCUGCAAAGAUUUUUGGACGACAGUAUUUAAAAAGCAAAUUGAUAAUCUCAGAACCAACCAUCAGGGCAUCUAUGUACUUCAGGAUAACAAAUUCCGUCUCCUGACUCAAAUGUCAGCAGGGAAACAGUAUCUGGAACAUGCUCCUAAGUAUUUGGCAUUUACUUGUGGAUUAAUUAGAGGUGCUUUAUCAAACCUGGGGAUAAAGAGUAUUGUUACAGCUGAAGUUUCGACAAUGCCAGCAUGCAAAUUUCAGGUGAUGAUACAGAAGAUAUAGACCUGUACAGAAUCUGCUUCUUCAUUUGUAAAAUGAUAAAAUCAACUGUAUAUUUUAUUUAUAAUUAUAGCUACAUGCAGCUGUCAAAUGUUCUGUAAAACUGCAAGUAACCGUCAGAUCAAUGGCCACUUUUCACAUCUUUUUAAAAAAGUUAUGUUUCAUUUUUGUGUCUCCAACAUGUAUUUUACAUUGUAAAUAUGUAAUGGAAACCUUAAUUAAAUGUUGAAUUCUAA